AGUAAGUUUGUGUUCAGAAUCCCACUUACAGACUUUACUAAUUCAGUCAAACGUGCAGAGGCAGCCCGGACAACAUAAGAAACUGCGAGAAAUUGUCACUGUCCAACAUUAUUAUUUGAGCACGGUGCUGCAGAAGGAUAUCAGUGCCCACUGUGUGGAUGCCUGCGUUAGUAUCUGACUGUGUGUAGAAAAGGUGUUGCAGCAAGCCUGCUGUAUGAACAUACGGCCAAGACAUGGUGAAGCUGGAGCUGGAUCAGGUGGUGAUGAGGAGGAUGAGGGAAGACGAUAUAGAGAUUGUGAAAGCCCUGAUCAAGGAGGGCUGUGAGGGUACUGAAAACCGUCUCAUCCUUCAUGUCCUCACUCGCCCACUUAGCCUCUUCAUCCUCGCCAUUCUCUCCUCAAUCCUCCGCUGCAUCGUUCACUCCUUCAUCCUGGCUCUUGCUAUUCCUGUCUUCCUGCUAAUUGUCUUCCUGAAAAUCACCAUGCCGCGGAGCACCGGGGUGCUGGGUACUAGCCGCCCCUACUGGGACUAUGUGGGCAGCAGCUAUAGGGGCACUCAGGAAGAGACACUACCAAAUCCAUACACCAGGAUCAGUGGCAAGACACCGGUGAUAAAGAAGCAAAGGCGCAGAAUCAGGCCCAAGGAGAAGGAGAAGGAGAUGCCACCAGAGAAGAUUGACCCUGAGAGGGAACAGGCAGCGGGCCAGGUUUGGGUAGCAGACUGCGAUGGGGAGAUCGUGGGCUGCGUGUGCCGGGAGAUGGAGAAGCGAGCUGGCAUCAGGAAGAUCUGCAGGGUGGUGGUUGGCUGCUGGUACCGCAGGGAGGGCCUGGGCCGGCUGCUGGUCCAAAGUCUUGAACAGAAAGAGAGGGAGGCUGGGGCACACAGAGUCUAUGCCCACGUGCCCUAUCCCUCCAAGGUGGGGGAGGCCUUCUUCAGGAAGCUGGGCUACCAGCAGCUGGGUGAGGGGACUGAAAGAGAGGAGGAAGAGGAGAAGCUUGAGACUCCAGAGAGAGGCUUUCUUGGCUUCCCCCUCACCAAAGUGUUUUACAAAGACGUGUAACGGAGAGCCAGUGGACUCUCUGAGUGAAUGAGGAAAAGCAGAAGCAAACCCAGGAGUGAUUAAAGGUAAAGGAGAGAUAACUGAAGAAUAAAUUGUAUCUCCACUGAAGAUCAUAAUGUCAUAGCAGCAGCAUGUUACGAUAUUGUUUAUGUUGAUAAUUUAUUUGAAACUUUGUGUUAUUUAUUAAGGUAUUUAUUUGCUGUAUGAAUGUUAAGUAUUUUUUAUCAUGCUGUCUACUGAAGCAAAAACAUCUUACAGUUUUGAUAAAGCGACAGCAAAUUUAUCGUUAAUAAUUUAAGAAUUACAUCAAGAUGCCUCGGUCAUGCUGUUCCGUCAAGAUCACUGUUGUUUCUAAUGAAUUAAAAUAUUUUAUGUAAA